UCAUUUUAAAUUUCCAAAAGUUAAUUUGAUCGUUGCAAGCAAAUGAGUUCUGCCUCGGAAUACGAGAAGAGACGACUCGAGAAUAUAAAGAAGAAUGAGGAGAUCCUUCUUAGACUUGGGUUGAACGCAGUUGCACCUUGUAGAGAAUUGAAACGGUCUGAACCCUCCGCCUUAUCCAUUGUUACCAAGUCAGAUGCUAAGAGACAUACAAUUGGACUAGAGUCAUAUCUUCCAAAAAGAAGAAGCACGCGAAACAAAGAGCUGAAGAGCGAGAGAUUAGAAUCCAAGGAGAAGGAGAUAUCUGAGAAUCAUGAGGAGAAUUGUACUGUUCACAUGGAGGAAGAUGAGGCAGACGCUCUCAUAGACCUAGAUACUUGGUGCGAUAUGAACAACAUUCAACCAGGUCCUUGGGUAGACGGUCACUAUCGUGGUUGGGUUAAUGAGGACGUCCGUCAGUCAUUAGGAAUAGCUUCUUCCGCAAGUGAAGCAUGGGAGUCAAAUGGAGGAGGAAAAUUUUCAUAUAGGAAUCCUUAUGGUCAUAUGGAUACAAAGUCCAUAAAGAAAGAUACCAAAACUCGAUCAAGUGCAAAGGAAUGGGCGAGAAAAAUGAUUUAUAAGAACCCAAAUGCCUAUUUCUAUCGACAUACUUGCCCUGGAGAAGAACAAAAGUAUGGUGAAUGGAGUGAAGAGGAAGUCGACCUGUUUGUUCAAGUUGCUAAAACAUACGGUAGUGGUGAUAAAUGGGGACUGUUUGCCAGUCAUAUACCUCAUCGAGUUGGAUAUCAAUGUAGCGCAGCAUAUCGUGAGAUAGUGAUUCCCCGAGGCCUUAUAAGAGAUCCGAAUUUCAGGAUAACCAGAAAUGGAAAAGCCAUAUACGUGGGCAGGCAUUGUCAUUGAUUCUUACUUGUUACUAAUAAAGAAAUGUGCAGAUUA